AUGGAUUCGAACAGCUCCAACAAGAUCGUGCUGGUCACGGGGGCCAACCAAGGUCUUGGUUUCGCUGUUAUUGAAGUCGCCGGCGUACGCUAUCCGUCCAAUACGUACAUUCUCUGUGCGCGAGACAUCGAGAAGGGCCAGCAGGCGGUCCAUCAGCUCCGUGACCGCGGGGUCGCCGCCAUUGACCUGGUGGAGCUGGACGUGACCAACGACGAUCACAUCGCCGCCGCAGUCAGACAUGUGGAGGCGCAGUACGGACGGCUCGACGUCCUCGUCAACAACGCAGGUUUCGUCCGACUCGGCCAUCAGGACACGAACCUCUCGGAGAUGCGUGCCACGUAUAACGAGUACAUGAAUGUGCAUAUUACAUCGGUGGCCGUGGUGACGCACGCCUUCACCCCGUUGUUGCACCGGUCGCCCGCGCCUAAGGUCAUCAACGUCACCUCCGGGUUGGGGAGCAUCACCAACGUGUUGUCGCCACGGCGGAUGGCGCGCGUCCCGCCGUACGGCGCCAGCAAGGUGGGGAUGAAUGGGCUGACAGCGCACCUGCAGGUGAGCGAGAAUGAGAGGGUGGCAGCGGGGGAGGCGAAAGCGCCUCGGAUCCGCUUCUUUAUCUCGAACCCAGGGUUACUGAAGACGGCGUUCUCUAAUUACAUUGCGUGGGGGAAGGAGCCGCAGGCGGGGGCGGAGAGUAUCGUGCAGCUGAUGGGCGAUGAGGAGGGGAAGUUUGAUCACGCCAUGCAAUGGGAGCAUGAGGAGGGGGAGAUGCGUGUUGUGCCGUGGUGA